AUGUCCAUAAUCCCGAGCCGGUCGACGAUAGUGGCAGACCGGGUCUGGAUCUGGUCGGACGACAAUGCAGGUCGGCCGGGUCUUGCAAACUCUCUCACGGGGUACGCAGCGAAAGGUAUAGGUGCGAAUGAGAAGAAUAUCGCCGAUGGGGAAAUUUCUGGGGUGAAACGAGUGCAAGUCAAACUUGAGAGAGGACCAAGCGAGAGACUCUGGGACAAACAGAGUGACGGCGCUCCCAGAGGGGAGUUUAUCUGGGCCUCUGCUUGA